AUGGAGGCGACGACCAAGGUACGUGCAAUGCGACUUGACGCAGCGUGGGUCACGCCUGAGACACCUGGCGAAGUGACGGGUCCGUGCUUCGUGCACCAGCUAGGUGAAAAUGGGAGCGCAAGCGCGCUGAACUUUCAUGCGCCACUUUCUCAGGUUGAAACGACCACGGUCGAGCCGCCGUCGCUGCCAGACGACUGGCCCGAUGACGGCGCAACUCUAGCCGCCGCCGAAGUGACGCCGCAGACCAUCUACCAGGUCUGGGUAGCAACGCAGCUUCCCAUGUCAGAUAAGUGGACGCUCAAGAGUGCACAAGGCACGUUCCUUGCCUGCGAUCGGUACGGCGAAGUUACCGCGACGAAUGAGGCGCGCGGUCCCCAGGAAGAGUGGACGCUCCAGCCUGUCGAUACGGUGCCUAAUGAAUCAGCGCUUGUUGGGCCGCGCCGCGGCUUUGCGCUCCAGUCUCACUACGGCGGCUAUCUGACACUGGACGAGCCGAAAGACGACCAUGCGCGUCGGCGCCGCGUGCGAGCCGAUGCGUCGGCGCCAACGGCGGGCGGUGUAUGGGACCUGCGUGUGCAGUGGAAGUACCGGCAUGCACACCGGCAAAUGCAGCGCAAGAGCACGGCAGCGCCGGCGUCGCGUGCUUCGCUGCUCGACGAAGCGAAACUCUCCCUAUCGCGCCAAGGCUGGACGGCUGGCACUACGGCGCAGCUUCCGCAGGAGUCGCGGCGCGAGCUACUACCUCAAGAGCGAUAA